UUCAAACAUUGACGCGAUUAGUACGUUCUUUUAAUCAAAUCUAUGUGUGGAGGCUGUGAGGAGCAGGUAGCCAGACACGUACUUUGUAGGCUCACUGGAGAGAAGUUGCAUCAACAUCAAUGGAGAACAAGCACACGAAUGAAAAUAAUAAAGACAUACACGUUUCCAGAGAUGUGAAAGAAAUACGGACUUCUCCACACUUCCCCAUGCAGCCUCUCCCACUAACCAUAAAAACAAACAAAUUUACAGCCUUUGAAGAUGAUGAACCAUCAAUUCCCUAUUCUGGAAAUGACACAUCUAAUGGAGGCAUGGAAGGAUUCUCAGCAAACUCUGAAGGAGGAUCUCGUAAAAGGAAAAGUACUCCCACAAAAGUAAUUCAUGCUGUUCAUUCAGAAGACUUGCCAAAAGAUGUGGAAGAAGACAUCAAAGUUGAAUUGCCAUCACCAAAACCCAUAAGCCAAAUGAUAGAUUUGAGCAAUGUAGGAUUUCAGCUGUUCAGAAAUUUUGAUCACCAAGACACUAUGUGCUUGAAGCACGAGCCCAUUAAGCAUAACGUAAUGUGGCCUACCAGCCCUCUGAUGGUGCAUCCUUCUCGACCAUACUUUGCCAAUCUCCCUCCAGAAUUCAUGCUUCCUUUUGUUAUGGCACCAUCAAGUCUGCAUCUUAGAUAUCCCCUUUACCAAAAUGCUGCUCUGAGAAAUCUUAAUGCAGGUACCACUACCCCAGAAGAAAAGAAGAGCGCAGUCGAGAGAGUUGAUGUUAACAUUCAGAUUGAUGACAGUUAUUAUGUUGAUGUAGGUGGCAAUCAGAAACGUUGGCAGUGCCGAAUGUGUGAGAAGUCGUACACAUCCAAAUACAAUCUAGUGACACAUAUUUUGGGACACAGUGGUAUCAAGCCACAUGCUUGUUCUCAGUGUGGAAAACCCUUCAAGCAGUUGAGCCACCUGCACACUCACAUGCUCACACAUCAGGGCACCAGGCCUCACAAGUGUCAUGUUUGUCACAAAGCUUUUACUCAGACCAGCCACCUCAAGCGACAUAUGAUGCAGCACAGUGACGUGAAGCCGUAUAAUUGUGGCAUUUGUGGGAGGGGUUUUGCUUAUCCGAGUGAGCUUAAAGCCCAUGAAACCAAACAUGCAAAUGGCCGGGAUAACAUUUGUGUUGAAUGUGGACUUGACUUCCCCACCUUAGCCCAAUUAAAGAGGCACCUUACAUCUCACCGAGGACCAACCCUGUACCGUUGUGAUGAAUGUGACAAAACUUUUCAGUACCCAAGUCAAUUGCAAAAUCACACAAUGAAGCAUAAAGAUAUCCGUCCAUAUAUCUGCACUGAAUGUGGGAUGGAAUUCAUUCAAUCUCAUCACCUCAAACAGCACUCCCUGACUCACAAGGGCGUGAAGGAACAUAAAUGUGGGAUAUGUGGACGUGAGUUUACUUUGCUGGCAAACAUGAAGAGGCAUGUCCUAAUACACACCAACAUCCGGGCUUAUCAGUGUCAUCUUUGCUUCAAGAGCUUUGUGCAGAAACAAACGCUGAAGGCGCAUAUGAUUGUUCACUCUGACAUCAAACCUUUUAAAUGCAAGGUCAGUACAGAGAGUUUUAAUCGGAUGCACAAUUUAAUGGGCCACAUGCAUCUGCAUUCUGACAGUAAGCCGUUUAAAUGCCUUUAUUGCCCCAGCAAAUUUACUCUGAAGGGAAACCUUACUCGUCACAUGAAGGUUAAACAUGGAGUCAUGGACGGAGGGCCUGAUUCACAAAGCUUCAGGAGGAGAGGACGCAUCGGAUUUGCACAAAGCAAUCUAAUGAGUAAUUUUGUACAGGAAGAACCCUUUGACCUCUCUCAAAAGAGCAGAAUAAAAAAUGUAUCCCAGUCUGAUGGUGAGAGUGCCAAAGGGAGUUCUUGUCAAGAAGAAGAAGAAGACAACUACUAUACAAUAGAACAAUACAGUCCUGAUGAGUAUUGCAGAGAGAACAAAAUAUACAUGCCAGAAGACUUAUCCCAGAAGACAGGAAGACUGAUUCAAGAUUUCAGAGACUCAGACAAUGAAGUGCUAACCAAAGGAAGAGUGAUAAAUGAUGAAGAUGAAGACUUGAUGGCUCAUGAAAAUUUUAUGCAGAAUGGAACUGAAUCUAAUAAUCGUAGCUCUGCUUCCAUGCACUAUCUAUUUGAUAUCAGUGAAAACUACAAUGACUUUUGUCUCAACAGCAGAUGCAGUCCAGUAUGAAAAUAUCACAGCUGAUAAAUAUUAAUUACCAUAAUGAUUUAGAAUUCUAUAAAACAAAGGAUUUUUAUAAACAGAAUGUGGGAUGCUGAUUGAAAAUCAGACGUGAGGGGCACAAUAGUUUUUGUCAUUUUAAUGUUUGUUAAAAUCAUGCAGUGUAUUAGCUUGCAUUUUCUAUAAUCAUACAUCUACAUCCACACAACUUGCACUUCUGUCAAAUGGCACCCGUGGCACUGACAAUUCCUAUAAAAACAUCGAUUCUAUCCAAUGCUGCAAAUUUUGAUGUUUCAUAAAUUUUUAAGCUAUUCACCUGCCAGCCAUAAAUGGAUGCCAUCCUCGGUAUAUUUUCUGUGGGCUAUAAAAUUUGACUGUUCUUUAUAUGUUCAUACACAGAAUUUAGCCAGCUUGUGUUCUCACAGUGAUAUGGAAAGAGUACUUGUUUACUGUGUUAAUAAGGAAAAAAAUAAUGUGCAGAGUAACUGCAGGUUUGUCAAAUGAUCAGAUGCAAAUUAAUAUUAUUGUUUCUCCAGAUAUCAUUUUGAGUGCUUAUUUUGAAUGUAUCUGUCUAAGUGUACCUGUCUGUAUAAUUACUAAUCAGAUUUUGAUGUAUUUCUCUGGUAUAUGUUCUAGAUUCAAAAUAUAACUUUAAAUUAUGCCCUCUAGUGAAAACCUUCUUUAGUCUUAUCCAAUCCAAGCAAAGAGUUUUAAGGUCUUAAAAUAUAUUCCCUGAAGUAUGAAGCAAUGCCGGAACAAUCCAAACCAACAGCAAAGGGAGAAAAUGUGCAACAAUAAAAUAACUAUUGGUUUCAAUGAAAUGUAAAAUCUCAUAUGUUUGUCAUCUGUAACUGAUCUUAAGUAAGAUAAAGAAAUGAAAGAAUGCUCUUUUACGAGAGACAUGAAUGGCUUGUGUUUUUCUUUGGUCCUUGUGAAGAUUUCAUUUUAAAAACUCCUCCAUAAUUCAGGUCAUUCUGGAGUAACCAUUGACUUAGAAGCUCAGGAAUGACAAUCUCACAUUACUGCUGUGGAUUUAAGUUCCGGUGCUGGCUCAUGCUUGAAAUUUGCCAUUUAACUAGGAAAUAAAACUAAUUGCUUUUCAUCCAGGCCACAUAACACUGAUAUGGUUUAUUUAUUUUGGAAAGGCAUGGAGAAAGUGUGUAUAUUUUCAUACCUAAAGCACUACUAUAGUCUGGGUCUAUUGGUGCUGAAAACUGUGGUGAGGUCAGUAGAUGUGAACUCAAAACUUAGAGAAAAAGGCUGGAUGCAUGCAAUCAUGAGUGAGUUACUGGAAGAAAAUUAGAGAUGUACCUUUAAAGCAUUUGUUCAGACGAUAUUGCCACAAUAUUCUGUCAUUUAGUCAUGCACACAUUUCUAAAAUUAUUUAAAAACUACUGGAUAUGUGUGCUGGAAAUCAUUGUUUUCCAAUAUUCAAGGGGGACAUCAGAGGGAGGUUUUUCACCCAGAGAGUGGUUGGUGCAUGGAAUGCGCUGCCUGGGGUGGUGGUGGAGGCUGAUACGUUGGUCAAGUUCAAGAGAUUGUUAGAUAAGCAUAUGGAGGAAUUUAAGAUAGAGGGAUAUGUGGGAGCAAGGGGUUAGAUAGUCUUAGGAGUGGUUUGAAGGUUGGCACAACAUGGUGGGCCGAAGGGCCUGUAUUGUGCUGUAUUGUUCUAUGGUUCUAUGGUACUCUAAAGAUUAAGGGAAAUGUAGUAAAGGACCAAUAUGGAAUACAUGGAGUAAUGACCAAACUGCUUGUAUUUAUCUUCAUCGACAACUCAAAUAUAUAAUUUUCUUCAUCACUUUUGUAUCUGCUAUAUUG